AUGGCGAACAGCGACGAUAACAACCCCCGCCGCGACCCCAACCGUCCCGAGGACAACCCCUUCAUCGCCUUCCGGCGCUUCGCCGACUCUCAGGUCUCGUCGCUCCUCAAUACCGUCUUCACACUUCCCGCGACCAUUUCGAACUACAACUACGCCCACCAAGCCCGUGAGCAGUGUCUGUUUGGCAAAGCAGACGAGCGACAAUGCGAUAAGCUUCACGAGCUGGAGGCUGAGAUAACAGAGCUGCGACAUGAAGGCAGAGAGCUGUUCAGGAGGGGCGAUAUACAGGCUGUACUAAGGAAUAGCGAGGAGCUGAUGAGGUCUGAUCGGAGAGCUGAUGAGCUGCGAAGAGACAUUGUUGAUACGGCUGCGAGCACGCAAAGAGGGGAAAUCGUCGGGCACAAUGACAGGGAGUUGGUAGAGAGGGUCGCCAACGAGAAGGGCCAGGAGUGGGGUUGGUCAUGGGAUUGGGGCUUCCCUAAGCCUUUUGAUCAUGAUGAAAAUGCCUCUAGGGCAAUGACAGAAGAAGAUGCGGCUCGGCAGGCGAGGCAGAUUGAGUUGAUGCUUCAGCUGCAAUCUGAGGUGAAGAAGCUAGUUGGCGAGAGCACGUACGACGACGCCAUGGCAGCGCCUCGCGUAUGGUCGUGGUCGCGAUCAUGGCAGUGGCCGCCGCCAGCAGAAGCAUCGCGACCCAACGAUUCUGCGUAUUCGCCACGCGUGCUCGAAGAGGAUCAAGAGAUGAAGAAAUCCGGUGUCCAAUGGCAGAAGGCAUACGAGGAUCUUCUGCGCGCUGAACGGAACGAAAGGCCGCACUGUAUGAGGAGCGACGAACCCGUUUUCCCACAGCACAGAGGCAGAAGAAGCCUUUUCCUCGACCUAGAUGGGCGGUCGGGUGAAGGGAAGCCGCUCAGCGAGUCUAAGUGGGUAGCUCGGCGAGGCUUAGAGGAGGAGGAGGAUGAGCCGAGCUACGAGUACGCUCACGACCAUGAGGAUCAACACGACGACCCACCUAGCCCGAAAGUACAGAAGGUGCUUGAGCAGGAUGCUCAAAAACCUAGUCAGGCGUGGCAAUCUGAAGAGCGAGAGACACAGACUGAAAUGGAUGCCUACGAACAGUUACUCGCCUCCAAAGAGCAACCCUCUACUUCCCCAGCAUACCUAAACAGUGGAACAGCCAAAUCGUCGAUCCUGUCAACUCUCACUUCUACCGAACGCACAGUUGCGCCUGAUGGCUCUGUGACGACAAAGGUCGUGCUCAAGAAGCGUUUUGCUGAUGGAAGAGAGGAAAGCUCAGAGUCUGUACGCACGCAGCACGGUCAAGAAGACAAUGCGCUAGCAAAGGAUUCUUGGAAGGAUAUGCCAAAUGUGCAAACCCCAUCCAUCGAAAAGGACAUCAGCAAGAAGACUGAGAGGGGAAGAGGAUGGUUCUGGUCAAGUUGA